GGCGCCCUGCCCGGAGCUCCCCGCCCUGCCCGUCCGCCGCAGAACCGCCCUCGCUGAGCGGAGCGCUCGGCCCGCCCCGGGGAAGCGGUAGUGCCGCCCAGUGCGUGCGGGCGGAAGAGCGAAGGCUCCGUGAGCGGGGUGUGGGGGUUCGCCAUGUCGGUCGCGUCGAGGAGCUACAACCCCUUCGAUGAGGACGAAGAGGAGACGCGGGGCGGCGGAGAGGUGCGCGGCGCGGAGCGGCAGCGCUCCCUGCAGCAGGAGGUGCUGCGCCGCACGGCCGCCACCGCCGACAGCACCGCGCGCUCCCUCUCGCUGCUCUACGAGUCCGAGCGCAUCGGCGUGGCCACCUCCGAGGAGCUCGUACGUCAAGGAGAGGCACUGAAGCGUACAGAACUAAUGGUUGAUAAAAUGGACCAGGACCUGAAGACUAGUCAAAGGCACAUAAAUAGCAUUAAGAGUGUUUUUGGAGGCCUGGUUAACUACUUUAAAGCCAAGCCACCUGAGAACAAACCAGAACAGAAUGGGAUGCCUGAAUAUUAUGGCAACAGUAGAUUAAAAGAAGCAAUGAUGUCUAGCAAAGAACAAGACUCAAAAUACCAGGAAAGUCAUCCAAAUUUAAGGCGCCUAGAUAAUUCAGCAGAUAGUGAUUUCAGCAACAUAGAUUCAACUUCUCCAGUGCAACAGGAUACCUAUCCAAAGAAUCAAUGUCUGCAAGCUUACCACAAAAAAAUUGAUAACAACUUAGAUGAGAUGUCUUCAGGGUUGAGUCGUCUGAAAAAUCUAGCUCUUGGUCUGCAGACAGAAAUAGAGGAGCAAGAUGAUAUGCUGGAUCGGCUAACCAAAAAAGUAGAGAUUCUGGACAUCGGUAUUAAAAGCACUGAUAAAAAAAUUCGACAACUUUAAAGAUGUUACAGAUUUUUGUCCAGCAUUAGUUCUUCUCAGUUGUCUUCUCAAGAGAUCUCUUAAAAAAAACAAAACAAACAAACAAACAAAAAAACAACUUAGAUGUUAUGUAUUUCUCUCUUUUUUUUUUUUUCAUGUUAGGCUACUGAUUUUGUUGCCAUUAAAAGUAUUGCAUAACACCUUAAGUUCCUUUCUAAUAUACAUGGGAAAAGUGCAUUUCGAGUAAAAUUUCUCAGCUCUGUUAAUUUUUUUUUUUUUUGUAUUGCUGUGCAUUGCGAGCAUGGAGGAAUUCAGUCUACAAAGCUUUAGUAUCCCUGGCCUGAAAGCCAUGAUAAGAAAACUAACUAUAUUUUGCCCUUUUAGUUCCAAGAGGGGCGGGAAGAACAGAAUGUAUUCCUUUGUUCAGAUCAAGCAUUGCAAAUUCUGUUUAUCUGCAGUUAUUUAAUAUGCUGAAAAAAUGCCAAUAUUCAACUGUACAAAUAAUUCUGAAGUGACUGUCUUCUGGCAUUUUUGGGGUGUAAGGAGAUAACUGUUCUAUGAAAGGUGUAAGAGGUUAACUGUCAAGAGUGUAAUGCAAGAAUGAUAAAAUUCUGUGCUUGUUCCUGUUCCCAAGAUUACAUUUUCUGAUAAGCAGUGGUGUUUAUGACUGGAUCACUGGAUACUAUCAGCUUUAUGCUAUUUUCAGUAAAGAUCAUAAGGGUAUGUUAUGGUUUACAAGAAAUGUUAAUUGGCAAGUACCCAAAAAGUUUGGGUAACAAAGUCACAAUUUAUGCAUAUAUACUUCCUAGUUGAGAAAAAGUGUAGCUAGAUCUGGUUUUGUUACAUGAAAUAAAUGCAGAGCUUGAUUCCUAGCUAAAAUUUUAGUUUAUUUAAUAUAAUGAUGUCUUAACAGUAUGUUGUCUUUCUGAAGUCAGCAGUUCUGUUUUUUAGUCUAAGUUUAUUCAGAGAAUGAACUCAACAGUUUAGUUGUAUCAGCAUUGCAAAACAUUUCAUGCAUCCUGAAUGACCCUGAUGGCCUUGAAAACAAAGGCAAAGAAAAAGGAAAUUUUUAAAAUCCCUAUUUUUGCUUUGAUAAUCCAAGCAGACUAAGAUUUCCAACAUAUGGAGGUUAUAUGUAAGUCUGAUUUCUUGUGUCUUUAACAAUUUAAUUUGCUAUCUCAGCAACAUGUAAUACUAUAAUAUGAUGGGGAAAGCACAGCAACAAUAGCAGGGUGACAAAGUCUUUGGCUUUAGCAAAUGAGAACACAAGCCUCAACACAGCAGCAGAAAAAGGGAGAAGGGGUGUGUGGGGGGGAACAGCUGCUUACAUUUUGAAGGCCUCAGGAAGGAAAAAAUCUGCAGCAAAAUACCCUUACCUCUACUGCCAACCCUUAAAUUAGGUCUGGGAAUGGGUGGAUCCUGGCUCUAACUCUUCAGGUCACUCAGGUACGUUGCAUUUACCUGAGCUGCUCUGGGCUGGCUCUGACUUUCCACCAGGUGUUCUAUCACUGCUUCAAGCUAUGACUUAGCAUUUCUGCUAUAUGUUGUUAUUUUCUUUUUACUUAAGCUCUUUUGUUCUGUUUUGCUUAGUAGCCUUUUUUAAAAGGAUUAUUUCAUGUGUUGAUUUUCCUUUCUUAGGGGAAGAGAAGUGUUUAUGGGAAUGAUAUUUGCUACAAACUGAAUCACCUUUCUCAGCUUUCAUGUUUUAUGUUUUCUGCUGAUUUACAUGAAGAAACAACAGUAUUUUGUAAGCAUGAUGUUUUUUCUCAUUAGACUAACUUUUUCUCCUGCAGGAAGGUGGAGAUUCUCAGGCAGGAAAAAAAAAAUCACUAUGAUCUUUGCAUUUCCAGGAAAGGUCACUUUCUAUAUGUAUAUAUGUAAUGAAGGACUUUCUGUAUCUUUCCAUACUCUUUUCUGUGAUGAAGUACAAUUUUAUUUCUUUUUGGAUACUGUUGAAAAAUUUACUUUAUAUAAAGUAUAGGACCUUCAGCAGACUCAAGUGCUAACUUGAUAACUUAAAUUGUUUUCUCUAAAUGUUUGCGUUGGAGUAAGAAAUUGAUGUUCUUGCAGCAAAAUAGCUCUAAGUAGUAUUAUUCCUAUUGGCUUAAGUAGAAAGCCCAGUACUAAGGUCAGAGUAAGAGUGGAAAAUAUUAAUUUCAGUCUUCUUUGUAAAAGGAUACGUAUUGUUUCUCAGAAAACUUGCUAAUAAAUUUUGAGGAGUUGUUAAAUGCUGGGAACUAGCAUACACUUUCUAACAUAUGUGUAAUAGGCUAUACACUAAAAACAGGAAGGAGGAAAAAAAAAGGGGUGGGGGGAAUAAUCAGAUACGUUUACUAGUUUCCUCUGUAUGUAUUAUUUGAAGUUGCUUGAAUGUAACAGAUUAUGCAUAGCUGAAUUUUAGUUCAUACUACGAAGAUGUGUUGCUGUGCCUGAACUCUAAUUGAAAUUACUCAGACACUGUACUGUCCCCUGUUGGGGUGUAGCAAGUGUGCUAUCCAACAUUUCAAAAAGAAACUGCUGCCUUUAUUUGGGUUAUAUAUAAAUGCUCUCUGUGAAUCUGGUCUUUCCCAAAAGAAGGUUUUACAGUUGUUGAUGAUGUUUUUUGUUGUUGGUAUUAUUUCUAAUAUGUGAAAAUUGUCUGAAAUAUUUUGCUGCCUAAUAGCUUUUGUGAUGUUGUUUGUUAAAUGACUAAAUAGAAAAUAUAGCCACUGCAUUCUGAACAGAUAAACCUUUAUAGGCAUUUAGAAGCAUAAUGUUAUAUGGAGGAGGUGUAUUGGGUUUAACUCUGAAAUAUAUUGAGCUUACUUUUCAAAUUCACAGGUAAUGACUAGUGAGUAUUUGUCCACGUUUUUUUUUGUUUGUUUGUUUGUUUUGUUUUGUUUUUGUUUUUUUGUUAAAUCUAUAUAUAUAGAUAUAGAUAGAGAGAUAUACAGGACAUUAUGCCACCCAGGUAUAUCACUUGUUUUUUCAUUUAUUUAAAUGUUAAAAUGGACUGCAAUUUAGAAGAUUGAAUUGAAGAAGUGCUGAGUGGUAAACUGGUUAAUAAAUAUGCUUAUUGUUAA